AGCUGAGCAAUCAUCGUGCCAAGUGUUGUAUCUAUGAAACGAAGUGUAGGACACGUCAGUGUUAGAGGAAUUAAAUUUGUUUUAUAAUUGGUGACAUAAACGUUAUAUUUAUAUAGUCAUUCUGAGAUCAUAAUAAGACUAGACCAACAAAAUGCAUUCAGUAUUGACAAGAGGGAACGCUAUCUUAGCUUAUACAUUAAGCGUGCUUGCUGCUCUUACAUUUUUUUGUUUUAUAUCAACCGUUUUCAUUGACUACAGAACUGAAGCUACAAUGAAUACCGUAAAAGUUGUUGUGAAAAAUGUUCCAGAUUAUGGUGUUGCUCGAGAAAAGAAUGAUCUUGGAUUCCUCACCUUUGACUUACAAACAGAUCUGACCCACUUGUUCAACUGGAAUGUAAAACAGCUGUUCCUAUACCUCACCGCAGAAUAUUCAACUCCAACUAACAAAUUAAACCAGGUUGUGUUAUGGGACAAAAUCAUUUUACGAGGAGAGAAUGCAGUUCUGGACUUCAAGAAUAUGAAUACCAAAUACUACUUUUGGGAUGAUGGCAAAGGAUUAAAGGACAACCCCAAUGUCACACUGACCUUGUCAUGGAUCAUUGUUCCUAAUGCAGGGCUUUAUUUUCAGGGGCAACCCCAAUGUCACACUGACCUUGUCAUGGAACAUUAUUCCUAAUGCAGGGCUUCUUCCUAAUAUAUUUGCAUUGGGACAACAUGCAUUUCACUUCCCCCCAGAGUACACUACUUCCAGAGUUUAAGAAUGAAUCAUUUGUUUGGUAUAUGCAAGAUGGUAUGCUUUGUUAUUUUUUAUAUAAUGUGUUGUAAUAUUCUGGUAAUAUGAUGAAAAUCCACACAGUACAUGUUGCUAAAUUAUAACAGUAAAGUGUUUUUCUUUAAUGCUAAAA